UUCCGGUCGCGCGAGAAAUUGACGGUUAUUUUUUUUAAAGAGACUCCGUGACAUCAUGAGAUUAUUGGGACGUAACGGAUAAUAAUAAUAAUAAUAAUAAAAACAUAUUAAUACAUAAAAACGAGACUCUUUUUUAGAGGAAGACGAUGGAAAAUAAUACGGACUCCGCUGUUUUUUUCUCCACCAUCUUUACCAUAUCGAACAGGAUGGAGACUUUGCUGAAUCACUUGUUGUGGUCGCAGGAGUUCUGGCUUCCACCAUCUAUUACGUGGAACGACAUUGACGAAGGCAUCGCGGGGGGCAGUCGGCAUCCUCUUCCUUGCGACCUGCUCAUCGCCUUUCCGCUCGCACUGGGGUUCAUUGCUUUCCGCUUUGCUUUUGAAAGGAUCCUGGCUCUGCCCCUAAGCAGGAAGCUAGGAGUGACUGACAAGGUGCAGGUCCGAGUGCCACCCAAUCCCAAGCUGGAGGCUUUUUACAUGCAGAAGAAGAAACACUUUACGCAGAGCGAGCUCGUUGGCCUGGAGAAACACUGUGGCCUCACUCCACAUCAGAUCCAGAACUGGCUCAGGCGUCGGCGCAACCAUGACAAACCGAGCAACACCAAGAAGUUCUGCGAAGCUUCGUGGCGGUUUGCUUUCUACCUCAUCGCGUUCAUGGCAGGACUCGACGUCUUGAAAGAUACAGCCUGGUUCUGGGACCACCGCGAUUGCUGGCGUGGAUACCCCAAACAACCCGUGUCCGAGUCACACUACUGGUAUUACAUUCUGGAGCUCAGCUUCUACUGGUCGUUGCUGCUGUCUGUCUACAAGGACGUCAAACGCAAAGAUUUCAGGGAGCAGAUCAUCCAUCACAUUGCCACCAUCUCACUAAUCAGUUUCUCCUACUGCUCCAACUUUAUACGGGUGGGAACAGUCGUGAUGCUGCUGCACGACUCGUCCGACUUCCUGUUGGAGUCCGCUAAGAUGUUCAACUACGCUGGCUGGAAGAAGACUUGCGACAGUCUUUUUGUUCUUUUUGCAGUGGUUUUCCUGGGAACUCGCCUCCUUGUCUUUCCCUGCAGGGUUCUUUACUCAACUUUUGUGGAGUCACUGGAUUUCUUCAAGCCAUUCCCCGGUUAUUACUUCUUCAAUGGCCUCCUGCUGGUGCUGCAGGGCCUGCACAUUUUCUGGGCUUAUCUCAUAUUGAGGAUGCUCUACAAAUUCAUCUUCUUGGGCAAAGUGGAGCGUGAUGAGCGGAGCGAUGAUGAGAGCGAUGUGGAGGAGGAGGAGGAGUGGGACAGUGGCUUGGAGGAAGAGUGCUGCUGGGAGCAGAGCAAGGGAAGCUUUAAAUCCAAACUCACCUCACUGACUGACAACUGUGUCCUCAACAACCUGACCCAUCAGAGAAGAAACAUGAACAGCAGGCUGCCUAAAGCCAGAUAGUAAUUUUUGAUUUCAAAGUCAUCCUUACAUACAGCAAAGCACUGUUUUUUACACUGGUUUAAUGUUUUCAUAAAAUCCGUUUAUUCGUUAUUAA